AGGAACCUAAUCAUGAAACCUCUCCUUUUUCUUGCACUUACUAUUAAUCUGGCAUCAGCAGGUGAGUUAUUGCUAAUUACAACAUACAGUACAUGUAAACCUAAAGGGCUACAGGUUAAAGGAUGUUUUGGACGCCAGCACUGAGGAUAGCAGGAGUCUGAAAUGUCUGGUUUGUGUCUGGUUUAUUGUUAUAUUUAAUAGCAUAAAUAUAUAUUUUUUUCUGCUAGAAUUGAUGUAUUUUUAGCAGUUUGCGGCCAAUAACUUUUUAACUCAUAUUCAGUGGUUUAGCCACUAACUUCCUGUUUACUGCUAAAGCAGACCAUAAACUGCUUUAAUAACUGCUUUAAUAUUGCCACUUGAUUUGAACAAACAGCCCUUAACUUGAAACAAUGUACAUGAACUAUUCCUUUAAAGCUGCUUUAUGUAAGAUUUUGUAAGUUUUUCAUGAAAACAGAAAGUAGUAUCAUUACUGAGUGAGGAGAAUAUAAACAGGCUAAAAUAUGGUGAGUGUGUUCUGCUGUGAGUCACCCUGCAAAGCCUGAAAUAAUCAUUUAAAAGUCAGAGGUGUCAAGUUUUUCACUUCAUGUCAUUUGGUUUUACAUAGUACCCUCACACACACAGGCUCAAAAAGAAGGUCUGGCUUGAUGUUUAGGCCUCAAAUCUCAAAAUCAACAUCUGGACACUUUCAACUUUUCAGUUUUAUCUCAUGAAUAUGAUCAUUCAGAUUGUCAUUGAUUUUUUUCCUCAAACAUUUCAGUCAUUAACUGUUCUCAUUUUCAUUUUUAAAGCCUCUCACUUUACUCAGUACUUCUACACUGGAGUUACUCCAGGAAUAAACUUCCCAGAGUUCACUGUGGUGGGUCAGGUGGAUAGAGAGCAGUUUGUUUACUAUGACAGUGACAUCAGGAAGUUGAUCCCAAAGACAGAGUGGAUCAAGAAGAGUGAAGCUGAUGAUCCAGAUUUCUGGAACAGAGAGACACAGAGCAGUCAGGGUCAUCAGGAGAACUUCAAAGCCAGUGUGGGGACUCUAAAGCAGCGCUUCAACCAGACUGACGGAGUUCACACAGUGCAGUGGAUGUACGGCUGUGAGCUGCAUGAUGAUGGAACCAAGAGAGGAUACAUGCAGUACGGCUAUGAUGGAGAAGACUUCAUCAGUCUGGAUCUGAACACUCAAACCUGGAUUGCAGCCAAUCAGAAAGCUGUUAUUACCAAAUACAAGUGGGAGCAUGUAAACUGGGCUGCUCAGGUGAAGACCUACCUGGACAACUCCUGUACUGUGUGGUUACAGAAGUAUGUGGAAUAUGGCAGAUCCACUCUGGAGAGGAAAGUCUCUCCUGAGGUGUCUCUGUUCCAGAAGGACUCUUCUUCUCCAGUGGUGUGUUUUGCUACAGGUUUCUUCCCCAAAGCAGUGAUGAUCUCCUGGCAGAAGAAUGGAGAGGAUCUGCAUGAGGACGUGGAGAUCAGAGAGACGCUACUCAACCAGGAUGGAACCUUCCAGAAGAGGAGCGUUCUGACCGUCUCACCUGAGGAGUUGAACAGAAACGUCUUCACCUGCAUCAUUCAGCACAGCAGCCUGGAGAAGGAGGUGGUGCUGCAGGUGUCUGAUCGCAGAGACCUGUCAGGCGGAGGCUCACAUGGAGGCUUGUUUGGUGUCAUCAUCAGUGCAGUCCUGGCUGUUCUCCUCUUCUUUUCACUGUGGAAGAUGAUGAAGGAGUGCGAACAUUCAGAUGAGUCUCUGUUAACCAAGGUCAUCUUCUCUCCAGUGGAUUAUGAGUCUACAGAAAUGAAGAGAAGAAGAUGAAGAACUCAGACCAGAUGAUUUUAAAUGAUUGGUAUUUUUAAGUAUCUUCACAGCAAUCAGUGUUGUAGUGUUGGGUUUAUAAUAAAAGCUGCAUUUGUGAAUGUA